CAUAAAUAUAAAGAAUAAUGAAAACAAACAAUGAAUUUAAAUCCAUCUAUGAUAUUGUCAAAAGAUUUAAUUUCUCUAAUAAGCAAGCAUUAACAUUAAAACAAGAGGUUCUGCAACAGUUAGAAUAGAAAUUCAGAAAAACCAUUGAAUUUAGAAUCAAAUCUUAAUCGAUGCAUGCAAUUCACUCUAUUCAUUCAAGUUCUGUUUCAACAUAAAGGCAUAGAUAACUUUCAUUCAAAAUAACGAGAUAAAAACCUCAAAUGUUUUUUAGAAAUCAAUCAUUAGUAUCUUUACUUAAAAAAACAAACAAUCUGUGAC